CCCGCUGACGCAACUGAUAGGCCCGCCGCUCCUCCCUCCUCUCCGUCGAUCGGAGGCAGAGUCAGAGCCCGGGCUCGGGAACGCAGAGCAGAGCAGCGGAGUCUUCAGACACUCAGACAAUCCUUCAUCCCGGGACUCAGUAACGAUGUGGAAUCAGCCAGGUGGUCCAGGUCCAUGCCCUCCCGGUGGACCCUACCCCCCUUUCCCAAACCCUCCCACUGGCCCUGCUCACCCUCCAAUGCCAAACCCUGCUCACCCUCCAAUGCCAGCCCCUGCCUACCCUCCACCAGCCGGUGGUUUUCCUCCUCCUGGGCCUCUUGAGUACCCUUUCUGCCCUCCCCCUUGUCAGCCCCCCUACCCUUCACAGCCUGCUGGACCCUGCCCCGAGCCCAUUCCUCCCUUCCACGCUCCCGGCUGUGUCCCCGGGGGCCUCCACCAGAAGCACGGGAAGAAGGGGCACAAGCACGAGAAACACGGCAAGAAGAAGAAACAUGGGAAACAUGGAAAACAUGGCAAGCACUCCUCCUCUUCGUCCUCUUCCUCCUCCUCUUCCUCCAGCAGUGACUCUGACUGAGGCUGAAGGGCACACAUUUUCUGACCAACAACGUUGUCCAGAAGUUGGAAACUGGCUCUGCACUCUCCGCACAUCUGCGAUCAACAGCUUCUAAUCUUUGGCAAGGAUUCUCCUGAGUGGUGGAACAGGAUGAUUUGUGGGCUACUAAUUCCAUUGCUGUAUCAAAAAGGGAAUCAAAAAUUAUUAGCACUUCACACUCUGUGAUGUAAUCAAUCUGUUAAACAUGUCUGCAAAGUCGAGGUGAAAUAUAUAAACAGCUUUCUAUAUUC